AUGCCUACACCACUCACCAAUCACUCGAUACCAAGUGCACCCCGAGAACCGGCCACUAAUCCAGCAGCCCCUGGUACUCCUGUCAGUAGUGGUUCUCGACACCAGUCAUCCGACCACCUGGUAGAGGUCGCCACUACCGACGGACAACGCGUCACCAUUCCCGUCUCCUCUAUUAACCGAAGCGUCGGAACCUUUACGCAGUCACGUGAUAAUGCUUCCGUGACCAGCUUGGACAGCCUCUGGAUGAGCCACAUCGAAUCCCAACAUCACCUCAAGGAUGCGCUCGGUGCCAUUGUCGUUGAGAACGCUCUGACUGGGGACCACUGGGAAGCCGAUGAUCAUGAAAUCUGGGAGUAUUCCAGUACAACUGAUGGUAACAAAGAUAUCUCGAAAAUGAUGGCUCGCCUUCUCGUGAAAGCAACCAAACAGAAUCGUACCAUCACUGAUCUUCUACAACAGGAACAUAGUCUCAAACGAUGUGGACCAGAACUGCUCCAGGCCAUUCUUGACACUUUCCUUCCUGUUACCAGUGACGGCGUCAAUGAUCGGUUCGCCGACGUGAGUACCAUGGUACAAGAACAGCGAGAAUUCUGUUCCUCGUUCCUCUUGCGAAUGCGGUUCUUCACUCGCCAACUCAGUGCUGCCAGCGGUCAUAUGUUGCCGGAUCCGGUUCUCCGCGGCUGGUUCAUUUCUGGCACGGUGAAGCAUGGACCAUACCGUUCUAUUCUUGGACGCUCUUAUACUCGACUAAUCCGUCCUGGUGGCAAGCUCAAUGGUAUUCCCACUCUCGACUGCAGUCUAGAGGACAUCGCGGAGCACUUUGACAACAUCCUGACCGGCGCUGAAAACAACAAGUAUUACUGUGACAGCAAGUUGCUUGCCGGCGAGCAACCCAUCCGUGCUUAUCAUUCUCGUGGCAAGGCCCAUAAGACCGGCUCACCUCUGACUGACUCUCCAAGUGAGUCAAGGGGGGUAGCAUUUCAAACUUCGCUGGAUACUUCAGACCCGAUGGCUAUCGUCCACGCCCUCCAGCCAUUUGAAGAUGUAGCCGUGACCAAAGAGCGGGCACAAGAUGUCAUGUACCACUUUGCUUCUCCCUGGUGCGUGAUUGCCCGUCAUAAGAACACUGGCCGGCACCACAUGUCUACCUGCGAACACUGUAUCCCUGGCUACAGCAUCACCUUUGAUGGCACGGCCUACAAGGAAGGGAAUGCUGGUAGACGCAAACCACGCAACAACAACGAAUCUGGCAGUGCCAGAGUGACCAACCGCGGAUCUCGCCGAACGUUCACGGAGUCCGACAGCGAUGAUGACACUAGCGAGAACAGCGGCUGUGAGUCACCUACGUUUGACCCGUCAACUAUUCCUGUAGCACCACCACCCAACUCACCUUCUGUCGUUCCAUCUCUUAGGAGGGCAAAGCCCACAGCCAAAUUGGCAACCAUUCCAGAGGAACCGAUACUGGAGGACGAGGCGAAUGAUACCAAUGUGGAUGCGCAGAAUAGUUACGUGUUAAACAGUAGUAAUAGUGACAUUAUGAAACACACCAAAAUCGCCUACAACUGUCAAUACACGCGGAAAGGACCAAGAUUGACAACGACGGCUGCAUAUCUGGCAAUGAAGCCACUUCCCGCGUGA